AAUGGCAAGGCAGAUGUGAAGUCCCUCAUGGCGAAAUUUAACACUGGUAACAACCCAUCAGAGGACGUUCCGGUUAGCAAUCAACCCUUCAAAAUCCCAGGACAACCUUCAUCUUCAGGACUACAGGCAAGGAAAGCUGCACUUGAGAAAUUUACCAGUCCUCCUUCAGGUCCCAGUACCUUUCACAAGUCUGCAUCUCCUAAACCGUCAUUUGGAGCAAAACCUUCUAUUGAAGAUAAACCAGAAAGGGAUCCAAAACCUCCCUAUCUAAAACAUAACCCUGUGGCACACAAGUUCGGGUCUCCGGUUAAUGCAGCUAACAGAGAAGCUGAUGCCAAAGCUGGAGUCACUAAAUAUCUGGGUCCUAAAGCCACUGAACUGUCAAAAGAAGAACCCAAGCCUGUGUUUCCAAAACCUCCUGUAAACAAGUUCCUUAGCUCUACUGCCCAGGAGAAUGACAUAAAGCCGCCAGGACCUAAACCGAAUUUUAAUUCUGCAGCACAAGAGAGUGAGCCAAAACCAGCAUUCCCCAAACUAGCUGGGGUUAAAGAAAAGUUCAUUGCUGCAUCACAAGAAAAUGACCCCAAGCCUCCUUUCUCUAAACCACCCCUUGGGCAAAAACCUUCUCUAAAUCCUGAUGUCUCCCACCACGAAGAUAUUUCCAACAGACAUGCUUUUCUGACUAAGGGAUCUUCAGGAUCUCUAGGCCCCAGACCAAAAAUACAUUCAUUUAAAUUACCAAAGGAAACAGCAGAAAAUAGCAGUAAUGGAACCGAUUCCCCAGGUGGUCAUUUUCCUACUGUGACUCUGAAAUCUAUUGGUAAUCGGAGCACCCCAGGACAGGUUCUAAAAAAUGUUGAGGAAAAGACUGAAGAUAAUAGGUCGGGGGUCGCCAAGAAUAUUUUCCUCAGUAAAAUUAAUCAGGAAGAUUCUGGUCCAACUCCUUCUAAAUUCCGCCAGCCACCUGCCAAGCUUGCUGCAGGAGGACCAUCGGGCAGCUUCCACGCGAGAGAAGAGGGAGACCAGAAUUCUGCAACUCCCAAGCGCAAAGCAUUAACUCCAUUAUUUAAAUUGGGCCAGCCUCCCCAAAAGCCCAGCAGACCCCCAACUGUGGACCUGGAAAGAUUCCGAAAAAAUAGUGCAAGAGACAGCUCUAACAAAGAAGUUGUUAAACAGAUGUCCCACUCAGUGCUCUCCUCACCUCUACUUCCACCCCCCCAUUCUGCUACACAGACACCACCUCCUCCUCCUCCUUCAGCUUCUCACCCAUCAACACAAGCACCACCAGUUCCCAGCCUACCUCCAAGAAACAUCAAACCCAGCUCUGAUCCCUCAAGUCCAGACAAUGAACAAAGUUACGAUGAUGUUGAAUUUGGUUCAGAUGGUCAUGGAAAUACAGAUGGGGGUCAAGAGAGUGAUGGAGAGACGUAUGAAGAUAUCAAUGACAUCAGAGCCACAUCAAAAGAACAAGAAAAGAAGAGAGAGAAGGAAGAAAAGAAAAGAUUGGAACAAGAGAAGAAAGAACAAAGGGAAAAAGAAAAGAAAGAGCAAGAAAUCAGAAAGAGGUUCAAAUUAUCCGGACCCAUUCAAGUCCUUCAUCAGGCACGAGCUUGCAUGGACUACAAGGGAGGGAAGAAUGAGCUGACUGUGAAACAGGGUGAUAAUAUUGAAAUCAUCCGUAUUACAGAAAACCCUGAAGGAAAGUGGCUGGGCAGGACAACAAAAGGAUAUUAUGGAUACAUUAAAACAACCAUGGUGGAGAUUGACUAUGAUUCUUUAAAAAGAAAACAAAGACCUUCCAUGAGUGCUUCCCUGAGACGUGUAGACAAUGACCAAGAAGUUUAUGAUGAUGUUGGAGAGCAGGACAGUAUCAGCAGCCAAAGUGGUGGUAGAAGUGGAACUGGAGUGAUGUUCCCACCUCCUGUCCCCGAUGAAGAAAUUUAUGAUGGAAUUGAUGACGAAGAUGUUAAUGCUAGGUCUAUAUCACAGGAUGAAGAUAAGAAUGACUCCCGGUCUUGGGGACUUUUGAAGAUGUUAAAGGGAAAAGAUGACAAAAAGAAAAGUGUACGAGAGAAAACAACCAAAGUCAAUGAGGCAGAAGAUAAUGGAGGUUCCUCCAUGAAUCCUCCAAUAAAGAUGUUUGGGAAAGAUGCAGGAGACAAUGAUGUUUAUGAUGAUGUAGAAUCAUCCGAAUUCCCUCCUCCACCAAUAGAAAUUGGAUCAUCAUUAAUUAUGAAAUCUCUGAGCCUGGGAAGGGGUAAAUCAGAUGAGAAAGACACACGAAAGCUUAAAAAGAUGGAAAAAGAGGAGAAAGAGUUCAGAAAAAAGUUUAAAUUUGAAGGUGAAAUUAGAGUUCUUUAUUCCACUACGAUUAUCACAGAUCUGCCAUCUAAAAAAUGGGGAGCAAAAGACUUACAAGUGAAACCAGGGGAGUUAGUUGAAGUUAUACAAAUCAUAGAUGAUGCCAAGGUCCUGUGUAGGAAUGAAGAAGGAAAAUAUGGCUAUGUCCCAAGACGCAGUUUAGUGGAGAAUGAUGGAGAUAUCUACGAUGAUAUUGCUGAUGGUUGCAUCUAUGAUAAUGAUUAAUCUUGAAUAGUGGUAAAGUGUGAGCUUCAUUGGGGGUAAUAUCUCCUCUGGAUUUCCAGUUGGCAUAAAACAUCAUCAAAGCUGAUUAGUCACAAGCUAUGGCUAUCAUCAGUGAUUACCCUUCUGCAUGUACCAAAUUUUGGUUAACCUGUGUCGAACAUUAGAUCUUUUGGAUUUAUUGCUUUGAAUGGCACUUUCUCUUUGUCAUGUAUCAGCACAACUAAUAUUUGGGUAAUCUGAACUGAAAUUAAAGUUUUCAUCAAAUGUGUCCUUUCUGCCUCUGCCACAGUCCACUGGUCCAUAUAAAAACAAUUCCUCAGGCAACCUCACCCAGAGAUGCCAAUUCACUGCUACGAAGGAUAUGUGGGCCAGUAGGCCCUGAUGGCAUGGACUGCCCACUUUGUGGAGGACAGCAUCAUGAAAAGAAAUGUAACCACCAAUGGUAGGCAUCAUUGUUGGGAAAGCAGGAAAUAGAAGUGGGUGGCAAAGAAGCCAAUAUAUCCUUGACCCAAUAUUCCAAUUUUAAUAAUCAGGGUUAAUGUGAUAAACAUGGCCAUGUGCCUCCACUGCUAAAGUUUUAUACUGUACCAGUAAUAGACUGUAGUUCUCUAAAAUGAUCAUUAAAUGUUUCAUGUGUUAUUUUUGAAUACAUAAUAAUUACACAAUAAUAAACAUAAUUUAUCGGGGUUUUUUUAUGUGUCUUAUGUACAACACUCUGAGAUACUAGCCAUGGAAGGGUCUCCUUAACUAUAUAGCACAUCAUUGUUAUUCAGCAGAUUUUCAGGAUGUUUAUCCUAAGGUUUUACUCUCUGUUUAGUUUAAAGGGAAAUUGCCAAGUCAUUAUUGUAGUUUAGGCAUGAAAAUCUACUUCUUAUAAUUGUGUAAUCUGAUGGGAAAUAGCCUCUUCAUUUAAUAUAGAUACAUAGUCUCAAAUUGCAACAUUUUGAUGCUGAGAUUUUUCUUUUAAAUAUUGCUUUCUUACACUAGAGUCAGCUAAAUGAAGGAGCACAACUUAAUUAACAAAACCUAUUUCUAAAACUGCCAGCUUCAUUGAUGAUGCUAUUAUACAAAUAAGCAAGUCUUUAUAGUAAAAUAAGUAUGUAAUAAUGAUUAGUAUUACUUUGCACUUAUUAGUAUCAGGAUCAAUUGAGAAAAUACAAUAAUAUUAACAAUGAAUCCCAAACAUAGAAGAACAAAAUGUUUAGAAAAUGAGAUUUUAUUUGUAGCUUCUCAGGUCUUGUCUACAUUGGGAAUUUCGGCCAUCAGUAACCAGCUAACACCAGUGUAGUUGGAUUAGUGCAAAGCCCUAAUGAAGACAGGCAAAACUGCUAUAAACUAUGACUUGCAAUAGUGCAGCUUACCCCUGCUUGAAACCAAAGUAAAUAAAAGUUACUGCUUAUAGUAGUUAAGCCUGCAUACACCAAGGUGAAAUCUUGGCUCAGUGGGAGAUUUGCCACUGAUUUCAGUAGAGCCAGGAUUUCACCCUAGGGCUUGGACUAGGACAGCUACAGCAGUUAUUAUCCAUAAUAAAUCUCCUCUGUAGACAAGGCAUAGAAGGAUAUCAAGUAUAAAAUUAAAUAGAACAAAUUUGAAUGAUGUUUAGUAGCAAACAUGAUUUAAUAUCACAUAACCACCUGUAAGCCAUAGUCUAAACAAUCUUUAAAAAUCACAGAUUUUUAUACUCUGGAGCCAGUUUUGAAGUUUUGCACUCAAUUAGAGCCUCCAGUUCUGCAUCUUUAUGUUCACGUCAGUACAUAGGCACACAAAUACCUAUUUUAGGCAUUUAAGCACCACUGUUGGCAUCCAAAUUUGAAAUCUGGCCUCUCUUAAGUACCAUGAAGUUUUCAACUAUUUAGCAGCUGCAGUCUGUUUUAUUUUUCAAAGGCACUGAAGACAGUGUAUCAAAAUAGGGAUGUGACAGAAGGCUCAGCUGGAAUUCAGACACUGAAAUAUAGGGCUACCUGCCAGCUAGUGGAAAAAUAUUUUCAUACCUAGCCACCAUUAAUUACUCACAAAAAAGUUUGAUUUCCUAUGUAAAUGCCCAGACUUGUUCCUUUUACAGUUAAUGACAUGACUUCAGUGAGAAUGGAAUCAGACCCCAAUCAUUGUGUACAAUUUACCCCGUGUAGAGGACAAGUACAAGGACUUAAGUUGGACUUGAGUGGUACAUAAGCCUCUUGUUGUCCCCCUGUACAGGUGUGAAUUUCACCCUUUGUGAGUAGUGAGGCUUUUAACAAUACAUUUUGAAUAUUUCUUCCAGUUUCCAAAUAAUUUUAAUAUCUCUCAUAACCAUAAUAUAACAGAUGUAGAUAGUAUAUAACUUUAUAGAUCAUAAUGUAACAUGGCCCGUUCAGACUGAUUAGAAGUGUCAUAAUAUACUAGCAAAUCACUGAAGUAACUUAUUUUUAUUUUACCAUUCUCUGGAUACAAUCUUUUUUCUUUCUCUAAAUGAAAGUGUGCACUUCCAAUGAGAAAUGUGGGUGCACUGCCUUCGGCCAAAAUUGCCACUGAGCAGCAGACUAUAUGUAAGUCAAUGUUACGAUUGAUGUGACAGCAUGCUACUACAGAUGUGACAUUACUUUGUUAGUAAUGACUUUUUAAAAUGUGAAAUGUAAGCAGGAAAACUUUCAGAUAGAAAAGUCUAUGUCUAUAUUAUUGAAAAACAUAAAGUAUGGAACAGCAU